CACACACACACACACACACACACACACACUUAUGUCCCACCCCCCAACGGUCAUCGGAAGAUACAUGAACGGAGAAGAUUUGAAGUCACGUUCACAACCGAGAGAGAAAGAGGGGGGGAAACGGUAGACGGGUAGAAUGGAGAGAGGACAACUGUAAAAGAAAGUAGGCUACUUGGCAGAUCAAACUGGACAACAGACAGGUGUAACUGUUUUCAGGAUGACUGGUUACUUACAGUUUGCAAGAGUCUAACCAUUGUGAGAUGGUCAUGUAAAAGAAAAGACAAACCUCGCAUUGCUGUCACCACUGUAACCUGUGUGACGUCUAACUCGAACUGGUCAGAUGGCUGGGACACAAGCUGCUGUGCUUCCAUCCUUCAGCUCCUUCUCAAACUUUGUUCACUCUGAGGACAAUAUGAAGGAGUGGAAAUUUGAGGAUGGCGCUCUCAGUCUGGACUCUCAAACCAAGAGGACGUCACCUGGCAACACCAGUGACCAGCAGCCAGUUCUUCCUCACCUGGACGAUGAAAGUGAAACCUCAUGGGACAUGGAGUUCUUGUUGUCUGACUGGAGCAGCCCAUCACCUGAGCUGAACCCCUCUCUGGACUACAACACUCAGCAUCUUCUUCAACCGGACCAAACUGGACUCGACCAUGAUGGAGGAGGGGUGUUGACGGACCAAAUAAGUCCAGACAGGCUUCAUACGGGCAGCAGUAGCCUGAUGGUUGAGCUGCUCACCCCCUUAGAGACCAUUGGUUCAGGCAUACCAGAACUUUACAACCAACAGGUUCGGUCAUCAUCAUCAUUAUCAUCAUUCCCCAUUCAACCAAACGUGGACCAGUAUGGUUUCAACCCCGGAAGCAACCAGGAGGGACAUGGCAGAGAUAGAGCCACUGCUGUCCUCACUAAGUCCAAAUCAUGGGACUUUGGAAUGGGACACUACUACCCCCAACAACACACUUCCAUGGUGACGUUUCAAGAUGGCAGAUUCCUCCAAGCCCCUGUCUCCAUGACAACCUCUAUGACCUCUGAAUUUCGAACCCACCACUACAGCUUCCUCCAAAACUACCCCCACCACCUGGGUCUAUACCGCAGCCAGAGGGACUACAACCUCCAUGGCCACCACCACCAACAAGCUUCCUCCAACCACUUCCCCUACUCCCAGCACCAGCAGCCCCACCUAGCUAUCACCUCCUCAGGGGUUCCCCCUGGUGGCUUGGAGGGGAAGAACGGCCGCAGGACUGUGGCGAAGAAGAGAGCUGCUCUACACAGCUGUGAAUACUCAGGUUGUAGUAAGACCUAUACCAAGAGCUCCCACCUCAAGGCUCACCUCCGCACACACACAGGGGAGAAACCAUACCACUGUACGUGGGAGGGCUGUGGGUGGAAGUUUGCCCGUUCGGACGAGUUGACCCGUCACUACCGUAAACACACGGGUCAGAAACCCUACGUGUGUCUGCAGUGUCAGAGAGCCUUCUCCCGCUCAGACCACCUGGCCCUGCACAUGAAGAGACACACAUGAUGAGAGGAGUGAAGGAUGGGUAUGACUGGGGCCGUGUGAGAUCAUACACACUAAUAUGUGUGUACCUGUCUACACACACUCUCAUUCUGGUUCUCAUUCUCUCUCUCUCUCUCUCUCUCUCUCUCUCUCUCUCUCUCUCUCUCUCUCUCUCUCUCUCUCUCUCUCUCUCUCUCUCUCUCUCUCUCUCUCUCUCUCUCUCCAUCUCCAUCUCUCUUUCUCUCACUCGCACACUAAUCUAAUCAACACACACGCGGUGCACACGCAACUACUAGGUAGAGUAGGGUUAUCAUGGAUGAAGAGGAGGCGUCACUACUCAAAGAUAUACAGUGGACACACACACGUUGUCCACACACUAUAAACAGCUAAAGUAACGAAGAGUCUUACAGUUACAGACUGACUUAACACUAAAAAUAAACAUUUACAUUUCAGUCAUUUAGGAGACGCUCUUAUCCAGAGCAACUUACAGUAAGAGUUAGGUGGGACAAUCACAUAUCACAGUCAUAGUAAGUUCUCUUUUUCUCAAUAAAGUAGUUAUCAGCAAUGUCAGAGAUAGAAAGGCGGGGGUGGAGUCAAGAGCAAGUUUUGGUUCAGGAUUUUGGGAUUUCUUUAAUGUUUCUUUGAGGGGGGGGGCUCGAGGUGAGGAGGGGGAUUAUUUAAAAUAGUCUUUGAAGUUUGAAGAGGUAGGGUUUCAGAUGUUUUCUGAAGAUGGUUCCACCAUUGGGGUGUUAGGACAGAGAAGAGCUUUGACUGGGCUGAGGGGGUGCUGCCCUCCUGUAGGGGUGGGAGGGCCAAGAGACCAGAGGUGGCAGAACAGAGUACUCGGGUUGGGGUGUAGGGUUUGAGCAUAGCCUGAAGGUAGGGAGGGGCAGUUCCUCUUGCUGGUCUUGUAAUGGAGACAUCCAGUGGAAUGCAGUCUGAAAACUAGGUUAGAACAUUAGCAUCCAAAAUGUACACAAAGUUCAAAGGUCAAUACAGGCUGGGUCACAGGGGACUGUCAUUCUGGCUGAAACAUUGUAUAAGGAACUUCAUACAAAUAUGGGUUGUUUGCAAAAUCCAACACUAUAUUUAUGGAUCUUAAUAUUUCCUGUAAAUUAUCUAAAGAUUUUAUUUUAUUUUAUUAAGGCUAAGAUGUUUCUCGAAUUAAGGUUAAGAUUUGGUUAAGAUAUCAACUUUUCAUGUGGUAAAAGUUACUAGUUUCUUAAUUUCAUGGAGACAGAUCACGUCAACUGAACCACAUUGAAAAUACACCAAGCAGAUCAAUUUUGUAUAAUUUCCAAUUGAAUAAAUGUAUUUAUUUGCAAGGCUUUUCAUAUUAAUAUAAUUCAUAACUUCAUACUUUUUAUAUCACUUUGGUCAUUGAGUGCUUUAAACUUUUCUCAGAAGUUUUAUUUGUAUCAUUUGCUUAUUUAAAUUUCACUGGAUUAUUGAAUUGUUUCUAAUUUCUAAGUAAAAUGUAAGUUAAUUCAAUAAAUGUGUACACUUACGAGUGAA